AUGCAUUGCCGGAACGAAGAUUUUGUUCCAAAGGUUUACUCCUUCUUUGCAAAGCCAAUCUACAUGGAUGAUCCAAAUUCACACAGAGAUAAAGGUCAGUUCGUAAGGGUAAUGGUGGAAGUUGAAGUCAAAGAAGUUCUUCCAGACUCCAUGGUUAUAGAUGUUCAUGGCAUUAAUUGUCACGUCGCAUUUGAUGAAGAGAGAUGUCCCCUUAAGGUCACACAACACAAGGCCAAACCAAAGAAAGUUGUGGAUUGCUGGGUAAUUAAGCAUAAAGGGAAGAUGAUUGAAGAUAAGGAUGUUGACCAAGUGCUUGUUGAUUUUCCUGUGAGAAGGGUUCAAAAAGAAGUCGCAGUGCCUACUUCAAAUUCUUUUGCUCUUUUGGAGGAUAAUGAGGGUAUUAAUGUUGUGGAGACUCCAGUUGAGGUGGUGAACAAAGAAAAAAGUAUAUAUAUUACUGGGGUCUAUGCUGCUAAUAGAGUUAAAGAUAGAAGAGAAUUAUGGCAAACUCUCAAGCUUCAUGUUGAAAUUACUUCAGGUCCUUGGAUUGCUUUAGGGGACUGGAAUAUCAUCAAAUGCAGUCAUGAAAAGAAAGGAGGUCUUCAAGUCCCUCAAUCUAGACUUGAUGAAUUCAAUAGUUUGAUUUAUGAUAUUAGAAUGGAAGAUAUUCCUAUAAAUAAUGCUUGGUUGCAACAGUUCAAUGAUUCCAAGGUAUCUCUUACCCCUGCUUCCUUGUCUGAUCACUGUGUGGAGAAUAUUAUUGGCAAAACAUGGGAGAUUCUAGUUACAGGUAGCCCUUUGCACAUUCUUCAGAAAAAAUUAAGAGCUGUGAAAGCUGCCGUAAAGGAAUGGAAUAAGGAUAGAGGUACAGUUUCUGAAAGCAUUCAAGUGGCAAGAGCAGAAUUACAUUCAGUUCAAAUGGAGCUGUUACAAGGGCCUGAAACUCCAGACUGUAUAGCUAGAGAGAGAUUUUUAACUGGAAAAUUGCAAAAUGCUCUUGAUCUUGAAGAAAUCUACUGGGCUCAAAAGUCUCGGGUCAAAUGGCUGCAAGAGGGGGAUAAGUGCACUGCUUUUUUCCACAAUGUGUUUUAUGAAGAUUUGUAUAAGAAGCAUGGAGAAGUGGAUGUCGAGCUGAGGGCCCCUAAAAAGGUUCUAAAUGAAAAAGAUAAUCAAAGCUUGGAUUGUGCUAUUUCAAAAGAGGAAAUAAAGAGGGUUGUCAUGCAUUUUCAUCCAGACAAAGCUCCCGACCUUGAUGGUUUUCCAGCAAGAUUUUAUCAACACUUUUGGAGAGUUAUUGGUCAAGAUGUUAUAAAUGCUGUCAGUCAUUUCGUCACUAAGAGUACCCUUCCUCAAGGUAUCAAUUCAACAUUUCUUACCCUUAUUCCUAAGGCUAAUCAUGGUGAUAAUAUUGCCAAUUACAGACCAAUUGCCCUAUGUAACCUUGUUUAUAAAAUCAUAUCCAAGAUUUUAGCAAAUAGAUUAAGCAGUGUCCUGCCUAAUAUCAUUGGUCCUGAGCAAGUUGCUUUUAUCAAAGGUAGGAAGCUGCAUGAUAAUAUACUCCUUGUUUCAGACUUAAUCAAAGGGUUUGGUAAAAAACAUGGUGAUCUAACCAUUGUUUUGAAGGUUGAUUUGCAAAAAGCUUUUGAUUCUGUUGAUUGGGACUUUCUUCAGAGAGUGUUACGCUGGCAUGGUUUUUCUGAUAAAUGGAUCAAAUGGAUUUCUGUUUGUACCACUUCUCCAAAAUUUUCAAUUUUGUGUAAUGGAGUUCCUGCCGGCUACUUUUCUGCUUCGAGAGGCAUUAGACAAGGGUGCCCUUUAUCCCCUUUGUUAUUUUCUUUUGUCACAGAAUUCUUUAGUAAUUUGAUAGAGAAUGCUAUUGCAGAGGGUAGAAUUAAAGUUUCAAAAGCUGUAUCACAGGGAAACUUAAAGAUCUCUCAUGCUUUCUACGCUGAUGACUUAUUAAUGGUGGUUAAAACAGAUAUUCCAACUAUUAAGGCUAUUGAUGUAGUGUUCAAACAAUUUACCAAGGCUACUGAUCUGCAAGUAAAUAAGGAGAAAAACACUGUUAUCUUCUCUAAACAGAUUGACAGACAGACUUCAUUGGCUGAGCUUAUUGUUAAUGGUAAAUGGGAAAAGCCUGUAUAUUUUCCUGAGAGAGUUUUUAGUGUUAUUCAAAGGUUAAAAAUCAUUCCUGGUUCAGACAUUAUUGGGUGGAAGGAUGGUGGUUUCUCAUUGAAAGCUGCUUAG